AGGCAGAGAAGAAGGGUGACGAAAAUGCAGGAAGUAAUUAAUUAGCUAAGGAGAGUUAGUCAAGAAAACUGAUGUACUUUCAAGGCUACGAUGUCCUGCUUUGAGAGUGAUAAGAGCAGCCUGGAGAAUGAUGGAGCGUGUUGUGGUGGGGCGGCCGCGUCACAGCUGUCCAACUGUGCGCUGGCCAUGCUGGAGAAAGAGAGCAGUGACUCUGCGCUGAGCCCCACGGAGAGUACCCCCACCAGCCUACAGGGCGGCGCCCCACUGCAAGGCUACGACGUGGAGUUCGACCCUCCGCUGGAGAGCAAGUACGAGUGCCCCAUCUGCCUCAUGGCCCUGAGGGCAGCCGUGCAGACGCCGUGCGGCCAUCGCUUCUGCCGCAGCUGCAUCGAGAAGUCCAUCCGUGAUACAGGGCAGAGGUGUCCAGUGGAUAACGAGGUACUGCGGGAAGACCAGCUGUUCCCAGAUAACUUUGCCAAGCGGGAGAUCCUCUCCCUAACGGUGCGCUGCACCAACGUAGGCUGCACUGACAAAAUGGAGCUUCGCCGCCUGGAUGGCCAUGUUACGAAAUGUGAGUUUGCCACCGUGCCUUGUCCGCUGUGCCAGGACGCGGUGUGGAAGAGCCAGCUGGAGAUGCACCAAAGCCAACACUGCCAGCGGAGACCUGUGUCCUGCCCCGACUGUGUAGAGAGCUUUGUUUACGAGGACAGCAAGAUUCAUGAGUCGCUGUGUCCCUUUGCCAACGUGGUGUGUCAGUACUGCGGUAUGGAGCUCAUCAGAGACCAGGUGGGGAUGGAGACCUGA